CUGCCUCCAUCCCUCUAUGGGCCUCCCAGCUUCUCCAUCAUCACCUCCUUCUCCCAAUGAGCUCAGGUCCAUCGCUAUAGCAACUGGUUGCCACGGGUGACGAGACACAGCCAGCGCCAGCGAGCAUCUUCCCCUCAGUUGUUGUCGAAAGGCAGGCGGAGAAGAGAGAAAGGCGAGGCGCCAGCAGAGCGACGGAGAGAGACACUGAAGAGCUUUCUGCCUUGUCAAAGUAAAACCCGCCAAAUGUUCAGGAAGAUGUAAAAACAACAAGCGGCUCAAGUCGCCCGGAUUGCUCUAUCUCUGCUUCAGUCUCUGGAGAAGCUGCGAGAAGAUGGUAACAACUUGUUCACACAGGAAAGUGUCGCUUCAGCUCUCGGCAUCAUCGGAGUUCAGGUGGUGACCCCGACGCCAAAAAACACAAAAAACAACCAGCGGCACCGGCACCCGACGCCGCCGCCGCCUCUGCACGAAAUCUCAAUCAAUUUGACUCCUCUGCUGUAAAGAUGGUUUUCAGUGGACAGAUGAGGAUGUUCCCGAACUGAACCAGUCAGAACCAUCGUCUGAACAUGGCGGACGACUUCUACAGCAGCACCUUCUCAGCCUCUGAAUCGGACUUCCCCUCCUCCUCCUCCUCUUCCUCCGCCUCCUUCCUCACGCUCGAACAGAGGGCGGCUUUCGUCUUCGUCCUCAUCCUCUUCAUUUUCCUCGGCCUACUGAUCGUCCGCUGCUUCCGGAUCCUUUUGGACCCGUACCGUAGCAUGCCGUCGUCUACCUGGACGGACUACAUGGAGAAGGACACGUUCGAUUACCGGAUUUCCUGACAGGCAGCCUGAGAGGCAGCAACCCUGACAACUCAAUGCGUAAACUGAGGCAACGAUCACAUUGACCAAUGACGGCACCAACACUGAUGCACAUUUUCUUACUUCUGCUUGUUCUACAAAUCAAUCAGAGCGAAAUGUAAUUAACUAUUAGUAAAAUAAAUCACAAUCAGCUGAAUCAGCUUUGGGUAAAAAACAAUUACUCUGUAAAAACACAAAAUCUUACCAAGUAAUUUUGGUCUAAUAUCUUCAAACUUCAAAUAAGACAAAUCUAACUUGAAAGUAACUUCUUGUUUUAAGUAAAUAAUAUAAGUUAAAUAAUUUGUCAAUUUGACAAUAUUGACAAAAACGUUCCACUGGCAGAUUACUUCACUUGUAACACAAGAAAAAUUUAUUGUUUUAAAGUGAAAAAAUUUGCCAGUGCAACUAGAACUGGUUGCUAGGAGAUGGGCGGGGCUUGGCUGGGGUUGCUAGGUAACGGCUUUAGUUCUCUUGGCCAAUGAAACUAGAAUUUAUUCAUCAAUAUCAAGGAAUUAUUUACU